CUCCCCUCUUUAACGGUGCCCCUCCACCCCUCCCAGUUUCCUUUCCACCGUCGUUUGUCUGCCAACGAAUCUUCUCUGCUCAAACGACAAUCCAACGAAAAUGCGCCCAACAACCCGACAAGAAGUCCUCGCGCGUUUGCGCAAGACCAUCGCCGACGGCUCCAUCAUCGUCGGCGCCGGAGCUGGAAUUGGGCUCUCCGCCAAAUUCAUCGAAAAAGGCGGCGCCGACCUGAUCCUAGUCUACAACUCAGGCCGGUUCCGCAUGGCCGGCCGGGGGUCGUUGGCGGGCAUGAUGCCCUACUCCGAUGCCAACGCGGUCGUAGUCGACAUGGCCUCCGAAGUCCUCCCCAUCGUCGAAAACACCCCCGUCCUGGCGGGAGUCUGCGGCACCGACCCCUUCCGCGACAUGCGGCCGUUCCUGCAGCACCUGCGCUCGCUGGGCUUCGUGGGCGUCCAGAACUUCCCGACGGUCGGCCUGAUCGACGGCAAGUUCCGGGCCAACCUGGAGGAAACGGGGAUGGGGUACGAGCGCGAGGUGGCGAUGAUCCGGCUGGCGCACGAGCUGGAUCUGGUGACGACGCCGUACGUGUUCAACGUGGACGAGGGCGAGCGCAUGGCGCGCGCGGGCGCGGAUGUGAUUGUCGUGCAUCUUGGGUUGACGACUUCGGGGACGAUCGGGGCGCAGACGAGUUUAUCGUUGGAUGAGAGUGUGGCCGUCGUUCAGGCGGUGCGGGAUGCAGUGGUGAAAAUCAAUGAGGAGGUCAUUGUGUUGUGUCAUGGGGGCCCGGUGGCCAGUCCGGACGAUGCGCAGUAUGUCUUGGGGAAGGUCAAGGGCGUACAUGGGUUCUUCGGGGCGAGUAGUAUGGAGCGGUUGCCGGUGGAGAGGGCGAUUGAGGAGAAUGCGAGGCGGUUCAAGGGGGUGAAGUUGGGGUAGCUUUGGUUUGGGCGUUGGAGUGAGGCUGGAUGGUUUUGUUGUUGUUGAGUAUAAUGUGCUUGCUGUAGGUAUGUCUGGAGGUGUUAACUUGAUGUAUGGAUGGAGUAGUUACUGUGGAUGGAGAUGGAGAUGUGCCGCCGGAGUGUGCCCGAUUGGGGAAUUUCCCGGCGUAUACUUGGUGAGUACGAGACUAGGUAGCAUCGCAAGUGGAGAUCUUCAGCAUCCAGCUGAUCAACAACAAUUAUCCGGAGGUACAUACCAUCCAGAGCACUGGACGAACAAAUUAACCGUGAUGAGUUAGUCAACUCAAUCGGCAAAGUAUAUCAAUUGCUGCAGCCAGACAGAGUCUUGACUUUCUCCCCUCACUUCCCCCGCUACACCUUUCAACAGCACAGCACACCCCCCCUCCCUUCAAAAUGUCGGGCAUUCUCGCAGGCAAACUCGCCAUCAUCACCGGCGGAUCGCGGG